AUGGCUUCCGAACCCGACAGCAGUACAAUUUAUCUGACCGAAAAGGAGGCAGAACGCAUCCGGUCUACGGUUUUAGAUAACACCAAAAAGCGCUCGGGACUGACCGGCCAUGCUCGCAACCCCAGAGAGGCGAAAGAUGCCAUCGGUCAAGCCACCGGGGCCGCACUCAUGGCGGACAUGGGCAGUAUGACCAUGGGGAACGCUCAAGAGAGUGUACCUGCUCUUGCCGUCGGAGAGCCAUAUCCCCCAUGCAUUAUCUCCCUUUCAGAGCUCCAGCCGAUGAAGCUGUGUGAUCUCCGCAUGGAAACUCACCAUCGCGGACGCCAGCUUCGCAUCAAGCGAGCCAGCCCCGUGGUCACCCUUUCCACGAGGUCAUGGACUAUGGUGCAAGACGAUGCCGGAGAGACGGAGCGUUUGGAGAUGGUUCUCCACAAAAUCCAGCACGGCAAGGAAGUCCUCGAGGCAUCCUCCCAUUUCACCAUCAAAGAACCCUACUUCACCCUCACCGAAGAGGGCGAACCCACCCUCCGCAUCGACCACCCCUCCGACGUCAUCAGCCACCCCGACGCAGACCUCCAACCCCCCACCCAAACCCCAACCCCCGAACAAGCCGAGAAGCGCGCCCUCGCCCACAAACAAAAGGGCAACACCGCCCUCACCAAGAACAACCCAGCCCUCGCACACACCCACUACACCACCUCUCUCGCCUUCGCCACCCACCUCCCCACGCCGGACCUCGCGCGCGAUCUGCACCGCAACCGCGCCCACGCCAACCUCCUCCUGGGCCAGCACGACGCCGCCCAGCGCGACGCGCUCGCCGCGCUGAUCAACCCCACCGCCGAGGAUGACGUGCGCUCCCGCGAGCUGGACGCCAAGUGCUAUUUCCGCGCCGGCGCGGCGGCAUACGCGCUGGGCCGGUUCGGGGAGGCGCAGGGGUUCUUUGAGAAGCAGUUGGCGCUGAUGCCGGGGGAUAAGGUGGCUGUGGCGAAUGUGGCGCGGUGUGAGAAGCGGGAGGGCGCGUUAACGGCGGUGACGUGCGAUGUGCGGGAUGAGAGGAUUCGGGUGGCGCCUGUUGGGUUAAGGAGGGCGGUUGUGGAACGGUUGAUGGCCAAUCCGUCCCUGAUUGGGGAUGUGAUGGGCUCGUAUGGGGACUGGGAUGGCGGUGACGGGCGGGAUGUACACGAAACUGGCGAUGGGCCGGUUGUCGAUGUGUUCCGGGCGCAUGACAUUAUCUCGAGGAACGCGUUUGGGGUGGGGGGCAAAGACGGACAAGGGGGUAAGGGGGGCGGCGCUGGGUUAUGGCCCCGGGCUGCCCUCAUUAACCACUCCUGUAUCCCCAACUCGGAGAGGGAAUUCAUCGGUGACUUGAUGGUUGUCCGGGCAACGAAAAACAUCGCCAAGGGAGAAGAAAUUGUGCACCGGUACGACGAGUCAGGUGUGUACGAGGCCAGGCAGGGUGCCCUGAUGACCACUUGGGGAUUUGAGUGCAGCUGUGCGCUUUGCGUGGUGGAGAAAGGGGAAGAUCCGAUGGUACAGGAAAAACGGCGAACAUUGACCAAGGAGGCAGAUUUGUUCUUGAAGUCUGCUGGUUCGUCAGCCAACAAGAAGAUGGCGACUACAAGGGCCAGGAGGUUGGUUAAGGCGCUUGAUGAAACCUAUGACGAAAAGAAGUAUCGGGGAUUGCCUCGUUUGGCAAAACGGGGGGUUGAACAGUGGCUUUCCAGCAGCACUCGGAUAUAA